UCAACCCGGAUUGGUUUAUAAUUUUCUCGCUCUCACUGCAGUAAACAUUAGUAUUAAAUUGGAUAAUCAUAAGUAUAUUUUACUAAACAAUUGCUUCAUCAUGUUCGAACCGGAUUUCACAAAUAGCUCGAUGGAGCCUGAGCAAUAUUAUUCCGACGAUGACGAAUAUAUGUACCAAGAACCGGAUGGAUUCGGUUCUACUAACGGCUCCGCCUGUUCAGCGAUACACCAAGAAAUGGAAUGCAACACGUAUAUGCAGGAUGUACGUAACUCCACGAGUGAUCCUCGCUGUGACCUAAACUGGCCGCUCGCCAGUCUUUGUCCGGUAUAUGUGGCAAAUUUUCGUGAUGAGCACAUUCGUCGAAGGGAUCAAAGAAUUCGAGAAUACUUUGCGACAAAAGGAUUAUAUGUACGGUGCUGGUUUCACCGUACAGAUGAAUACUAUUUGAACUUUCAAAACAAAGCGGGAUUGAUCGAUAUGCUGGUAUAUUUUUCUACGGAAGAAGAAGCACAACAAGCAAUCAGAUACUGCCAUCGGGAUAGAUAUAAAGGUUAUAUUCUAAAUGUGUUUCCGGGUAGAGAGCCGGAAUAUUUCCCGACAAAUCGCAGUAUAUAUUAUAGGAACAUGAAAUCUGGACGUGUGCACAGCGAGGAGUUCAUGGAACGUCGUGUCAGACGGUACGGAUCGGUAAAGUGUGUCGUAAAAUUUGAUACGACAACAGGAGCGGCGGAGUUUGAGACCAAUAGCGAUAUGAUGAAAGUUUGGAAUCGUGAAAAAUUAUGGAUACCGUUGGCUAUGCCAUGCAACGUUAAAAAGCAGCGCUUCCUAGAGGAUGACUUAAGAUCACAAAUUGCUGAUCAUCUGCAAAAAAGGCCCGACUUUUUAGGAUUGUAUGAAAGGGAUCCUAUUUGGGAAAUGUUGCAACGGGGCGAAAUACCCAAAUUACCCAAGAAUAGCAAGCAACACAGUGUACAACCAUUGCGACGUGGACCAUCGAAGGACGCACAAUAUGGUCGGCUUCAGAGAAAAACGCUCCAGCAGAGAAAACAAAUUGAAAAAGAUCUUUUGCGUGGCGUAUUGCCGUCAUGUCGACAGAAACAUAAGAACGCAAAGAUUCGUUUCAGAAAAUUGGUUGAGCAAGUCAAACAGGAGUUGUGUUCAGCCGGGAUGCGAACUACUAAGCUGAUUAAUAUAUAACGUUCGACCGAUUUUUUUUUCUAUAGAAUUUGAACUUGAAAAGAUCGUGCGCCACUUUAGUUUAUCCAUUUGUUGAGUUUUAUUUGCUGAAUUUACACAAUGCUUGAUUUACGGCUAAUGAAUUGAAAUUUGUAAGUCAUUGAUUUUUAAUAAAAUCAAUAAUCGCU